ACACACACGAGGCAACGAGAGCGACAGAGCAGCGAGUGCGAAGCGCCCCCAUACAGUGGCCGUGGCCGCGUUCAAAUAUAAAUCCAGAGGUGCCUAGUGCAGCAGUCCAUUCAGUUAUCGGAAGCACGGCUCGCCGCUAGUCUGCAGGAACGCACCGACUUUUUUUCUCGUCCGUGCUCAGCAUGGCCGGCGUGUUGUUCGUGGUGUGCGUGCCGACGGCCAAGUACGAGGCCGAACUGGCCAAGUACACCGCCAAGGAGGAGGCGCCGGCCGAGCCGCCGCAGCCGUCCGGCAAAAAGCACAAGUUCUUCAAGUCGACCAAGAAGUCCGAGUUCUACAAGAGCGAGCCGCAGCUGUUCAACAACCACCAGCCGCAGUCGGCGUCCGCCAAGGGCGCCUCGCCCAAGCUGUCCAACCCGAAACUCUUCAGGGCGGUCACCGAGUCGGCGCUCGACAGCAGGGCCUCUCAGGAGGCGCUCAACAUCUUCAACAACUCCGUGCAGAACAAUUUGCUCGCGCCCCCGCAAGGCUCGCCACAAAUCAACAAUGACCUGGCGAAGAGCACGAACGCGGUGCAGGCGCACUCAGCGCUCAACCUGACUGUGCCCAACCUCGGGGGCAGUUGCAACCCCAUCCCCCCGAGCCCUUCGCAGCAGCAGCAGCCGCUCCCCCAGGAAGCACCAGCCGAGGAGGACGAGGAUACCAGACUGAAAAUGAAACCCAUGGAACAGAUACUCACGAACGUCCUGAGCAAGCUAAAAAUCGAGAAUGCAGUCUGGUGCCCGGGCAAAAACAGCAAUUUCUAUCAGGUAAUGUUCUCCACCGGAUCGGGCGAACCGUGCGAAGAGUGUCUACAGUGUCUGCAGGAUUGCGGCAUCGGCCAAAAGUACAGCUCCGUCGUCAGUGUAAUUCCGUGCAGUUUGUACUACGAAGGCCAAUCUGAAGAAGCGCCGCCGGCUGCAGACAACUCGUCAGGCGAAGAGGAAUUCGGUUCUGAAGAGAAACUGAAGGAAGCGCCGAACAAAGUGACGGCGUGGAGCAAGUUCGUGGCGAGCGUGCGCGCUCGGCUGACGGUGGCGCAGGUGGUGGAGCAAGUCAAGUCCAACGCAGAACUCACCUUUGACUUCUGCAUGCUCCUUCUGGUGGCAGGCAUUGUGGCAGCUUUAGGCUUAGUGGAAAACAGCUCUGUGAUAUUGGUGGCCAGCAUGUUGAUAUCGCCGUUGAUGGGUCCAAUUUUGGCUGGUGUCUUCGGCACCGUCAUCAGGGACAGGCAACUGCAGCGGGUCGGCGUUAUGAACGAGCUGUUCGGCCUGCUAAUGUGUCUAGUGAUCGGUUUUGUCUUUGGACUGAUAAUAAUUUCAAUCAAGCCCCACUGGCCUGGCAGUCCCGAUGCUCCGUGGCCCACCGACGAAAUGCAGGCCAGAGGUGCUCUUCGCUCAUUGUGGGUUGGCGUUUUGAUCGCGCUUCCGUCGGGGGCCGGAGUGGCCCUCUCGGUGCUCGGGGGCAACGCGGGCUCCCUCGUCGGUGUCGCUAUUUCUGCAUCCCUCCUGCCUCCUGCCGUGAAUGCUGGUUUGUAUUGGGCUUUGGCCGUGGCUGAGCUGACGAAGAACCCGUACCACGAUGAAGCCGUAGAAGCGCAGGACAGGUUCAAUGCAACAGCUCGGGAGAUCGACAUGGCCACCGAGUCGCCGAAAAUUUUGCACAUUUACUCAGAAAACAAGGCUGCCGAGCUGGCUUGUUUCGGCGCGAUCAGCCUCUGUCUCACGUUGCUCAACAUCCUGUGCAUCUUCAUUGCGGGCAUCAUCGUGCUAAAAAUAAAGGAAGUGGCGCCGAAAUCAUCGCGUGACGACCUGGACGUUUUCUGGAAGCACGACAUCAAGUUCGUGCGAGACUACAACCGCACCAUGCACGGCGAGGAGGGCAAUAAUAUGGGAAAUCAACUGAUCGAGGAGCUGAGGGGAAUGUCAACAGACAAAUUGAACGCCGUCGUCAACGAAGCAACAAGGGACAGCACCUUCUUCGACCGAAUUCGCAGGAUUAGUUUCAUGAAUGGCCACCAUGACGCAAAUUUCACGUACAGCGGUAGUAUGGGCCGCAACGAGAGCACCUGGUCGCCCAACACGGUCGGCCGCUUUGAAGAGCGUCCGACCAUCCGCGACCUCGAGGACCUGUACUCGACCCUGACUGGCCAGCGUCCCAGGUCGUACGUGCCGUUGCCGGUGCCGACGACCGGAGCGGCGAUGCGCAGAAGAUCGUUCUCGGCGGUGCCUCGCAAAACCUCGGUGCCAGCCAUGCCGCUCGCCAAGCGCCGCGAAUCCGUCAGCAGACCCAACUCGAAGGUUCCCAACAUCAGUCUUGCCACUAUCACAGAAACCAACUCGCCAGCUGGAACUCCAGUGGCGAAGCACGGUCCGCGACGCCCGAGCACGAGCCCCACUCCGAAGCCCAACAAGGAAAAAAUGCGCUUCGUCGUCACCCCCGCCGCGGACGACUCGCUGCCCAACACCCCCGUGGUCGAGAGGAAGACGAGUCAAGGCCCAACAACUGUGCGGAAGGGCGACUACGAGGCCCCCGGAAGCGGAACAAGCAAUCCGCAGAAAAAGUACUCUCUUGUGUGAGAAGACAGUUUUCGUCCAGCUAACUCGGAAAAAAAUGUGUCAGAAAAAAUCUCUCUCUCUAUAUUCUUUUAAAGAAAUAAAAAUGGGCCCUAGUUUAAGCAUGUUGGUGAUGGCGGAGUUACUUAAUUCUCGACGAAUAAGUAAUUUUAUUUUAAUCGUACGAUGAGGUUGAAAGUUUAUUUAUUGAAUCGAACGCAAUCAUUACGAAAGAGGCUAGAAUUUUAAUGCAACUUAAUUUCUCAUCAUUCUGUUUAUUUUAAGUUAGUUUUUAUACAUUGUUUUAUUGUUAUACAAAAAUUAUUGUGGAAGUUAUUAAACGAAACUCACGUUGAGGUAUAGUUUGUAUGCUUUUGAGCUCAAUCGGUGCCUUUUAUUGAAUAAAAUUUCUUUAAAAUUUA